AUGAAAUUGAUUGUUUUUUUCGUGUUUGUUAUCUCAAAUAUAAGCAACGAUGGUAAGGCUUCGCUGGAGAGUUUCGCGCCAUCGAAUGAUGCGAAUUUUUUGACGGAUACCACCAAAAGUUCAGACAAAUCGUGCCAUCGACCUUGCAAGUUCAACGUGAAACCGCGAAGGUGUUAUUACAAGUUUGACAUAGAGCCUACCUUAGAUAAAAUACCUCUCUCCAUCAACGGACAGACCCCAGGUCCACCCAUACACGUCUGUAUCCACGAUAUAAUCGUCGUGGAGGUCAGGAAUAAAAUACCGGACCAAGAUCUGGCGAUACACUGGCAUGGAUUGGAGCAGCGUGGGACGCCGUAUAUGGAUGGAGUUCCUAUGAUCACACAGUGCCCUAUCAGCUAUGGCUCCACCUUCAAAUAUGCGUUCAAGGCGUCUUCGCCUGGGACAUUUUUUUACCAUGCUGAUUCAGUAACUCACCAAAGCGAUGGCGUCUACGGCUCUCUGAUAGUAGACCAACCACAACCGCUAGAACCCCAUUCCUCAUUAUAUGACUUUAAUAGGAGGGAAGAACAUACGCUCGUCAUUGGUGCUAGGUUCCCUCAACUACUUUCGGGGACUUUGGAAGACCUCACCAAGGUUUUACCAGAUGGAUUGGUGAUCAAUGGACAAGAUUAUACGAAGAUAUUUGUGAUGCAGACAUAUGCUUACCGAUUACGGUUAAUAAACGCAAUAGCCCUCGAAUGCCCUGUACUCAUCAGCAUAGACGAUCAUAUGGUGACUGUUGUCGCAAGUGACGGGAAACCAGUCCAACCUGUUACCACAAGCACUGUGAGGUUAUAUCCAGGUGAACGUAUGGACAUUGUGGUUCGAGCUGACCAACCGAGUGGUGGAUACUGGCUUCAGGUCAAGGGUGAAAGCCAAUGUGAUGGAUUGAAGACUCACUCUAUGUUCCUAUAUCAGGGAUUUAAUUAUACUUCCAUGAUAGAAGAGACGCCGAACACCGAAGUCGAUAAGAACAAUAUUGUCUUCGGACAGAAACUUCUAUCUUACAAAGAUGUGACACUCCUGCCAUCCGUGAAGUCGGUUUAUCUUGGUAUUGAUAAACACAACGUAGAAGUAAAAGAUGCUGAUCUCGAUUUUCGAUAUCUAAGCGAUGUUGUGCCAAAGAAACCUUUCUUUCCUACAGCCUUAUCUCUCAAGGAAGGCGUUGUCCAGAUAAAUGGCAGGAAUUUUCUUUACCCAAACGCCCCAUUGCUGCUGAAGCCCAGGGAAGUAUUCAAGGAUAUUGCCUGCAGCGUCGAAAUACAUAAACAUAAAGAUGUACAAUGUAUGCAAAUUCUAAGAGCUAAUCAGAAUGAACCACUGGAACUGAUAUUAGUAAAUGAUGGUUUCCAUAGCAACGACUCGUAUACGUUUCACAUGCAUGGACUACCCAUGUACGUGGUCGCCACAUGGCAGAGUCCAGCAGGACUGCCUUUAUCAAAAGAGGAGUUUGAGAAACUAGACAAGGGUGGGCAGAUUGAAAGAAAUUUACAAAAUCCACCAAUGAAAGAUACAGUUACAGUCCCCAACAAAGGUUUUACGAUAGUCAGAAUAAAUCCAGAUCAUGGUGGCCACUGGCUACUGGAAUGCAGGUCUUGCAGUCUCACGCUGCCUGCUGCAAUUCUUAUCAGUGUUCCUAUAUCGAUACCUAAGACGGUUGUGGAUUCUUUACCUAGCUGUGGAAGCUAUAAACCCCCGGAUGUGUUGCUCAACUAA